AGUUAGGUGCUAGGGAAGAACAAGGCAGUGGGUGCGCCAUUGCGAUCCUUCGCGUAGAGCGCGCAUGGCGCUAGCAGCUUUCUAGGGUUCAUCCAGAUCGAUUGCAUUGCGGUCGGGAAAAUGCUGGAUCUGUGACCCCAGAUCCGUCGUGUCGGGCGCUUGCCGGUGCGGGAUCUCUUGGAUUUCUGCAGAGAUCCGGUGGAGAAAUGUCCGUUGCGGACGAGCAUUGCUAGCUGUCGCCACAAGCAAGGAUCGCGACCAUGCAGCGCCAAUUGGUUUGCUUGUUGGUGGUGGGAAUUGCCGGGUUUAUCGUCGCUAGCGUGGAGAAUUUACAGGAUGUUGGAUUUGAUGAUCAGCUUUCACGCCUCGGCGAGCUUGAGCAGGGCAAUGGAUUGCGGAAAUUGCUGCAAGAGAAGCCGAAAGCCAAGACAAAGUCCGGAGGCAAAGCUGGUGAUGGGCUUCCAGCAAAAGCUAAAGGAAGCGGUGCUGGGGAGAAGAAAUCCAAGGCAGGAAGCGGUGAUGGAAAUCACGUCGAGGAAAAGAAAGUCCCCGCGGUUAAUGACGCGAUUCAGGGUGGAAAGUUGGAGGGGUCUGAGCUAAAACCAGCUGCGAAGAAGCCAGGGAAAACGAAAAAGAAAAUUCUGGAGGACGAGGACGAUGAAGAUAUCCGGUUUAUGGAAGAGGAGAAGCUCCAGAGCGUUGUGAAACAAGGUGGCAAGAAAGAACAAGGUGCUAAAGUGGAUGGUGGCGAAGAUGUGAAAGAAGAUGGCCAAGGCGAAGUUUUCAAAGUGGAGGACGAAGAACGGACUGACGCCAAGCCGGACAGCACAGUGUCUUCGAAGACGAAGGUGAAAAAGGGGAAGUCCAAGAAAGCUGGAGCGAAGAAGGCAAACGUAGACGUUGUUUUGGGCGACUCCGAGAAUGUUGCCGGGGACGAGAAAGUAAGUGUAGCAGUUGAAGACGACGACGUCGCUGAACAGAAGAGCGUCGAGGAAGAGAAGAAGGAAACAAAGCGGAAGAAAAGCAACAAGAAGGCACCUGAGGUCGAUGACACGGAGGAAACUUCCGACAGUGCGGAUGCGGAUCAGAAGAAAGGAGUGGAAGUCGAAGUCAUUCCUGACGAAUUGGACGACGUCAAGGUACUGGAGGAGGAAAUCCCGAAGAAGGAAGUAAAGAAGGAAAUCCCGAAGAAAACCGAGAAGAAGGAUCAAGUCCUUGCUGAGAAACAGGAGGAGGAGCAGAACAGCAAGCCUCCUACGAAGAUCAGCAAGAAAGAAAAGGAGAUGCCAAAGACCAAGCCAAAGACCACCAAGGAAAAGCCAAAGCUAGACAAGUCCAGUCCCACGAAGGCAAAGAAGAAUAGCGGCGAGUCCACGAAGAAGAGCACAGAAGUGAAGAAGAAGGAGGAAGUGACGAAGGACGAGAAGCUGGAAGUGCCAAAGACAACGACGACGACGACGACGACGGUAGUAAACUUUCCAGAGGAAGACUUGCACACCGACGCUUUCGACUUCCAGGACGAGUUGCCGGACGAGGAGGACAUCGACUUGCUCUCGCAAAUCUCCGACCUCCCGACGAAGAUCCAGCAGACUGCAGGCAACGUCGCGGACACUCUCCGCCCCAGCUUGUCCAAGCUCUCCGAGACGUCCAAGACGUACUUCUCCCAGGCCAACCAGCAGAUGACCGAGAGCUUCACUCCGAUCAUGGGCCACCAAGCGGCACCGGUGGUGGCCUCCCUCAUCUCCUACGCGUUCUUACUCGCUCCUCUCAUCGUGGUGAUCUACAUGCUCGAGCGCAUCCGUGCCACUCUCUCGCUCGCCAAAGUUCUCUUCUUCGUCAACCUCUACCUGGGAGCCUACUUCCUCACGCUGGUGCUCGCGACUUUCGCCCUCCAGAGCGAGCCCAUGGCCUUCUUCUUCCGGCACUCGCGCUCUAGCUGCGUCUUCCUCCAGCUCCUCCAGGCGCUCGGCUACAUGCUCUACCUCUUGCUCUACACCGUGGCGAUCAUGAAGUCCUUCUCCUACGGCGGGGUCUUGGAGAGGAUGACCACGGUGUUCCAGUGGGUGAUCGUGGCGCUGUUCGGCCUCCAUUACUACGUGACCGUGUUCCAUCGAGCCAUGGCCAUGAAGGUCCCUCGGACGACUUGGAAGGUCUAUCUGGUAUACACGGCAGCGUUUUCGGUGCUGGCUCUCUUUGCCAGAGCCAAGAUCGAGCCGAUCAAGAAGGAGUACUACUACACGCCGGUAGACGAUUCCGAGGAGGCUAGUCCCAUUGACAAGAGGAGCUAAGCAAGCGAAAGAGUUUUAGAUGAAUAAGAAGAGAUAAGAGAUGCGUAACGUAAUGUUAAUACACGAGAAUUUGAAGUGAAGCUCCCCCACUCCAUCAGUGAUAAGUUUUGCGUGUUUGCAUUUUCUAGCUGCCAGGUUAUUUAUCUAUCAGAUGGAACUUAACUUUGCUUUGACUCUA